CAUGAAAAAGCUUUUUAGCUGGAAAGUGAAUUCGGCGUGUUUAACUGUUAAAGAUAAUAUUUUGUAUUUGUAGCCAAUAAAAUCUUAAUAAUAAGACGGAAAUGUCUGAUUUAUCAUCAUCGUGGUUGGGAGGAGGCUCCUCUUCGUCGCCAUCUGAAUCUUUCUCUUCGUUUUUAAUCAAUCAUAAUGAUGUUACUUGGGAGACACUAUUCAUGAAAGCCGCUGCUCUGCCUGCUAUUUUGGAGAAUGGACGCAAAGUGUUUGGACCGCCAGUAGAAUAUAUAGGUGAACGUCCUUCCUACAUAUGUGAAUUGUAUGUAUCGAAUUUACCCAAGACUCUGGAUGAGGUACGCUUUCUGACCUGGCUGCAUCGCUGUGGUGUUGUUUAUGAAAUGCGAGUUAUGAUGCAGUCUUUUAGUAUGACACGCGGUUAUGCUUUUGUACGAUACACACAAGAAUAUGAAGCUUUAGUGGCGUACGAAUUAUUAAAAUGUUUGUUUUUGGGCGGUGAACGGGUGUGCGUUUACCGAUCGCAAGGAAAAAAUCGCCUCUUUGUGAGUAAUAUUCCAAAGCAAUUACCGAUGUCGACUCUGGAGGAAGGUUUCAAGAAAACAUUCCGCGACAUAGAGCGUUGUAUAGCGUUUCCAGCUACAGAAACUUGUUCGUUGAGAGGUGAUUUCAAUCGUGGCUUUGCUUUUAUCGAAUUUUAUGAUCACGAAUCGGCUAUGGAGGCUAAGAAAAAAACUACACCUGGACACAUGCGCAUGUGGGGUAAUGACUUAAAAGUACAAUGGGCAAGGCCGAAAUUAUUACAAGCCCACUUCAAAAGCAACAAUGAACAAAAGGAAAAACGUUCAAUGGCUGAAGCGUCAAGCAAACCACAAGACUAUUGUGCUAAAUUACGUUUGUUCUGUUUGGCUAAUAAUUGGUGCAUACCGGUGGUAAUUUAUGGGAAUUGUUUCUACCAAAAUGGAUUUCAAUAUGGUGGAAUAUUAUUGAAGGAUCCCACGAGUGGACAGUUAAGUGGCAUCCUAAUGGAGGUGGCUGUAGGUCGUGAUAUGCAGGAUGUGCAUGUAGCAAUGUGCGAAGUUGCCAUGCAAAUAAUUGACCGCAGUAACGGGUUUCCAAGACACCACUACAUGGUGCGAGUGUUGAAUGGAUUUCGUGCCGAAUUAUUGUUUGUAUGCGGAAAUGGUUCAGAUAUUACAUCACUGGUAGGCCAUUGCGACAGGAAUGUUUUUAAUUUCAAUUCUAUGGUAGAGUUGGCAGUAGCUUUGGAAGUCGUGUCCCAAUAUUCAACGGAAUUUAUAUUGAACACAUAUAGAAGAAGUUUCCUAGUUUUACGAAACUGUUUUUCUCUUCAGCGCCAGUCACACACUGUCCAGUUUUACAGUAUAUAUCCAAAGUUCCGUAAUAACCCGCCGCUUAACCUGGCAUUCAACGAUACUGAAAUAACACUUUUCGUUUCCGAAGUUAUAAUGGAACGCAAUGUUAAUGAGUUCUUAGUCAUGGGAGAACAAAUAAGAAAUCCACCCUAUAUGAUCUUAAAUUCACAACGUGCCCGGAACGCUGAUGGCUAUAGAUUACGUUAUAUCAGUUUGGAAAAAUUAGAAAGUCGUGAGUUUUACCAUCCUCAGCAGAGGAUUAAUGCUUCGCCUAUUUGGAUUACAGGUCAUUCCUAUCAAAAAUCUAUUUUCAAAUAGAAGUUUAUAUUUGUUUUGAAUAAUGUAACUCAUCGUUUGAAAACUUUUAAA